AUGGACUUUGUGCGUGGGCCGGUGGACGGCAUCGCCCAGAGCGAAAAUUUACCAGUCGGGGGGUUCCGCCUCAUGGUCGCGCUCGUGGGCUGCAUCGUCGUGGCUCCACUGAUCCACUUGAUGCGCGACGAGACUUCCCGUCACUUGUUUAAUGUCGUGGUCGGUCUCUUUGCCGGUGUCUUCGUGUUCGACAUAGCAGUGCUGCAUACUAUUGGCACUGCAGGAGUAGUCUAUGUGCUCAUGAAAGUGGCGUCAAGGGACCUCGUUGGGCGCCUUGUACUGUCGCUGCUGCUGGUGUAUCUCGUUGGAAUUCACUACUACCGUGAAUUCCAUAGUCCAGACAUUGUGUGGGACUCGGCGCAGAUGAUCCUGACACUCAAGCUCGGCAGUGUCGCGAUCAACUACAGCGACGGCGGUCUACCUAAGGAGAGGAAAACGCCUACGAUGCUCAAGAAUGAGCUUAAGGAAAUCCCGGGGCUGAUUCCAUACUUCGGUUUUGUAUUUUUCUUCCCGACAUUUCUUGCCGGUCCUGCUUUUGAGUACAAGGACUAUGUCUAUUGGAUGCAGGACAUCCGCGUCGCCCCGUUCAUGAUUCACGUCCGCAACCUGUUCGUCAUCAUGAUUUCGGCGGUAGGCUUCUUCGCAUCGCUGCAAUUCCCAGUCGAAAAGAUCGACUCGCCGGACUUUUUCACGAAGUCGUCGUGGGUUGUGCGCUGCAUCCUCAUGUGUAUUCCCGUCGUCUUGUUCCGUUUUCGCUUCUACUUAGCGUGGUCCUUGGCCGAAGCCGCAAGCGCUGCUGCUGGCGUUGGCUACGUGCAGGCAACUGGGAAAUGGAAUGGAAUCACAAACAACGAUCUCCUCUGCGUGGAGAUUCCUACCAACUUCCGUGUUGCGAUCAACAACUGGAAUAUCGGCGUUGCACGGUGGAUCAAUACUUACAUUUACCAGCGUGUUGGUCUGUUGAAGUCGGGGAAGCCUGGUCUGUUGUCCACGAUGGCUUCGUUUUUUGUCAGUGCGCUUUGGCAUGGACUCUCCCCGGGCUACUAUCUGUUCUUUCUACUGGGUGGCAUUUACAUUGAAGUUGGAAAGCAUCUUCGCCGUCGCCUGAGACCGUACUUCCACUUUACGGAAGAUCGCAAAGCACACCCACAUGCUAUCUUCCUGUCGUACUUUGGUCGAACCACGCACCCGUUGGCAUUUUUCUACGACAUUUCUGGCGUCUUCCUGACAUGGAUAGCGAUGCAGUACGCUGGUGUAGCGUUUGAGAUCAUGGAUGUGCGUCGGUGCCUUGCCAUUUGGAGCUCGUGGUACUUCCUUCCGCACAUCGUGAGUAUUGGCCUCCUGGUGUGUUUCAGCCUCUUCCCCCAACGCCGUUUUGCGUCGUCAGACAAGAAGAAAGCCGAGUAA